AUGACGCCCAACGAGCCUGUCAUAGUCCCCAAUCCAGCUUUCCAUCUUCCCCGCAUCCUCUGUCUUCACGGCGGCGGGACCAACGCGCGCAUCUUCCGCGCCCAAUGCAGAGCCCUCGUCAACCACCUCCGGACCGAAUACCGCUUUGUCUUCGCUCAGGCGCCUUUCGCGUCUAAUUGCGGAUCCGACGUUCUCGCGGUCUACAGCCAAUGGGGACCCUUCCGCCGCUGGCUCCGCUGGCGACGGGAGCACCCGGAAAUCGCGCCCCAAGACGCGGUGGCUGCAAUCGAUGAAUCGCUUUCAGCGGCGAUCCGUGACGAUGACCGCGCCGGGUACACGGGUGAGUGGAUCGCCAUCUUGGGCUUCAGCCAGGGCGCGAAAGUCGCCGCAAGUUUGCUGUAUCGACAACAGACACGGGGUUUUGAGGAUGACCGGCUUCCGAGAUUCCGUUUCGGCGUUCUUCUGGCCGGGCAGGGCCCGCUGGUAUCGCUGGAUGCGGAUUCGGAGGGCACACGCUGUUCUGGGUUGCCGGACGCAGGGCAAAUCACGGAUAUGACAUUCGCGAAUGGGGUUAUUUGGCGGGGAGAGGGGAAAGGCAAUAUAUUGCGUACACCUACUUUGCAUGUCCAUGGAUUACGAGAUCCAGGAUUGGAGCGCCAUCAAGUAUUGUUUGAGGACUUUUGUGAUCGGAGGACAGCGAGAGUCGUGCAAUGGGAUGGGGAUCAUCGCGUGCCGCUCAAGGUGAAAGAUGUAUCGCUUGUGGCAGAGAAAAUUCGCGAGCUAGCUAGGGAGACUUGA